CUCAACUGGUGAGUGUCAGUUGUUUUCAGAAGCAGCUGAGAAGAGUAGAAGUGACCCGCACCGAUCACUCUCCUCGCUUUGGUCCCUGAAGAAGUGAAGAGACGACAUGGUUCGGUGGUUCCACAGAGACAUCACAGGCCUGCAGGCCGAGGAGAUGCUGAAGAAUCGAGGCACUCAUGGCAGCUUUUUAGCUCGACCCAGCAAGAAGAAUGUUGGAGAUUUCUCGCUUUCUGUCAGGGUGGGCGAGCUGGUGACCCACAUUCGCAUCCAGAACACAGGAGACUACUAUGACCUGUAUGGCGGGGAGAAGUUUGCCACUCUGUCAGAGCUGGUGGACUACUACACAGCAGAGAAUGGCAUCCUUCAGGACAAGGACGGCACUAUCAUCGAGCUGAGAUACCCCCUGAACUGCUCUGACCCCACCACAGAGAGGUGGUACCAUGGCCACCUGUCAGGGCCAAACGCAGAGAAGAUGCUCACUGCUCGAGACGAGUCGGGGACCUUCCUGGUCAGGGAGUCUCUGUCCAAACCUGGAGACUUUGUUCUGUCGUGUUUGACAGACGAGAAGAGCAAAAAUGGAGGAAAGAGGGUCUCCCACAUCAAGAUCAUGUGUCAGAACGACAGGUACACGGUGGGAUGUUCAGAGAUGUUCGACACGCUGACAGACUUGGUCGAGUUCUACAAACGUAAAGGCAUCGAGGAGAUGUCGGGGAACUGGGUGUUUUUAAAACAGCCAUAUUACUCAACGAGAGUGAACGCAGCAGAUAUCGACAGCAGAGUGAAACAGCUGGAUCAGACCAUGCAGCAGCAGCAGGAGGGCGAGGGAGAGAAGAGCAAGGCCGGCUUUUGGGAAGAGUUUGACGCUCUUCAAAAGAUGGAGGCAAAGGUGAAAAAGAGCCGAGAGGAGGGUCAGAGGCCUGAGAACAAGAGCAAAAACAGAUACAAGAACAUUCUUCCAUUCAAUGACACCCGGGUCAUCCUGCAGGACGCUGAUCCAGAUGUUGUGGGUUCAGAUUACAUCAAUGCAAACUAUGUCAGAAACACCCUGCGGGAAACUGGAGGUCCCAAAGUUUACAUUGCCACCCAGGGGUGCCUUGCAACAACCGUCAACGAUUUCUGGCAAAUGGUUUGGCAAGAGAACACAAGAGUGAUCGUUAUGACUACCAGAGAGGUGGAGAAAGGGCGGAAUAAAUGUGUGCCAUACUGGCCGGAUCCUCAGGCCUCCAAAGAAUGUGGUCAGUACAUAGUGACGUCUGAGUCAGAGAGAGAGGCGACUGAUUACAAAGUCCGAGUUCUGGAGAUCGCUCCUAAGGACAAGCCCAAACUUUCUCGAACCAUUUGGCACUAUCAGUACCUGAGCUGGCCUGAUCACGGAGUUCCUCAGGAACCAGGUGGUGUCCUCAGCUUCCUCACUCAAGUCAACAGCAAACAGGCCGAACAUCCUGAUGGUGGACCAAUGAUCAUCCACUGCAGUGCUGGGAUUGGUCGAACAGGCACCAUCGUGGUCAUUGACAUGAUCAUCGAGACUAUUGACACAAUUGGUCUGGACUGUGACGUUGACAUCCCCAAAUACAUCCAGAUGGUGCGAGAGCAGCGCUCUGGUAUGGUGCAGACAGAGGCUCAGUACAAGUUCAUCUAUCUGGCUGUGUCUCAGUACAUUCAGACUACCAAGGCCAAAGACUGCGCCUACAUGGAAACCGACACAGAGUAUGGAAAUCUGCAGCUCAAACAUCAACCAGCCAGCAGGAAGGUCUCAAAAAACAAAGAGGACGUGUACGAGAAUCUGUCAAAGGGAAAGAAAGAUGUGAAGAAGCAGAAGCCGGACAAGAAAAGUGGCUCAGUGAGGAAGAAAUAGAAGAGAUGGAGAAGUUUUACCUAAAUCAUCCCAAAGGUGCUAGAUGGGGUUGAGGUAAAAGCCAGUCAAGUUCUUCCACACUGAACUCAUCAAACCAUGUCUUUAUAGUCCUUCCUUUGUGCACAUGGGCACCGUUGAAAUAGAAAAGGGCCUCCCCUAAACGGUUGCCACACAGUCGGAAGCAUAGCAUUGUCCAAAAUUUCUUGGUAUGCUGAAACAUUAUGAUUGCCCUUUAUUGGAGACCCAUAACAGCCCCAUACCAUUAUCCCUCCUCCACCAAACUUCACAGUUGGCACAAUGCAGUCGGGCAGAUAACGUUCUCUUGGCAUUCACAAAACCCAGACUCACCCAUCUGACUGCCACACAGAGCUCCACAGCCCAGUGUCAGUGU